AUGGAAGCUCUUCAUAACCCUCGACGGGCAACAACAUUUUACGUGGCUCAUUUUGAAGAUCAAAAUAUCUCAAAUUGCGCUUUUGAUGACGAUAAAGAACAUGCUUCCGACUUCAUAAAUAUAUCGAAAAGUAAUUGUGCACGGAAAGAAGAAAAAGAACGGGAAAAAAGAAUUGCAUCAGAUCCCGUAAACUUCGAAUUAUUUACUCAUUAG